AUGUCCUCCAUCUAUUCCAGUAACAGAUCCAGCAGACGCAUAUCUCAUGCUGCUGGUGUGCCGGAUUCACCUGUCCGGCACCGAACAUCGAGACCCAACAGGACCAGCGACAUCAUUCCUGACCUGUCAAACUACACAUCAUGGCUUGCUAUAGACUCUGCAGUGCCAGGACCGAGGCUUUGGGAACGGCGCAAGAGCUCAAAGUCGGUAGACGGUGACCCUGUACCCCCGAUAGAAGCAUUCAACCUCGAUCUGGUAGAAGCGUAUGAGGAGGCAGAAGAUGAAGCAUAUCCUCUGUCCCCAGCAAUGUCGGACAGGCCACCACGGUCUUCAUCGUUGGCACAAAACGUUUCCAGCAAUAGAAGUCUGAGCCUGGAUCAAGACUUCAGUCGAGGGCCCGCUGUUGCCGUUCGCCGGCCACAGAAAGGCACGUUCCUCAACCAGGAUCCAAGUCGGCAAACAUACCAGAAGAAGCACCGCCGGCACAUGACGAUUUCUGAAACCAAGAAAGCAAACAGGAACACCGUCAUUGUCUCCCAUCCCACGACUGGGCUCACGGAGCAUGAUCUGCCGCCGCUGCCUGGUUUGUCGCCCUCAAAUUCGACCACGACGUCCGUCCCGAGCCUAACGCCGACAACGCCGAUCUCGGUCUUCGCGCCGACCGAGGACCAGAUACGGCGAGAGCUGGAGAUGAUGAGCUUAAGUGGGGGCGCCGAACCGCUGAUACACCAUCGGUAUGGAGGUCGCACCAAUUCCGACUUGAUCAGAGAACUCGAAAAUGAGGUCGAGUCUGCCGUGCCGCGGCACACGCACAAAAGACAAAGCUCUCGAGCAGAACCCGAUGCCACAGAGGAUCCGCAUAGCCCUGAGCAAGCCCAAUUGCGGCGCCGUAAGAGUAUAAUCGAAUACUUUCGCAAAAGUCCCGUCGACAGGCUGCUGGAUCUCUAUUUGGACGACGAUCCCUCACAAGCGGACAAGAAGCCUCCAGACAAACAACAUGCCUUUGGUCACAAGAGAAGACCAAGUCUGGCAAGGCGUGUGACCAUGUCAUUGCGGCACAGCAAAGAAAAGAUGCCAGAAGUGCCACCUUUGCCGACUGGGCUACCAUUGGCAGGAGUGUCGCAAUCGCACUUCGAUUUCGACUAG